AUGGAUGGUUACUGGGGUUUCGGGGAACAUAAUCAUGGGAUCCCGCUUUGGGCACAUGAGAGGAGGGCUAAUUCGCACCGUAAGACGUUCAAUGGAACAUUGGAAUGGAAGGACGGGGCGUUGGUGGAAGAUGUAAAGGUUUCCACCAAUCAGUCGACUGAUUUUAUAUUGGGGAACCAUUUGUCCCAGAGGAAGAGGAAUAAGAUCCUCAAUGGCGACUAUGUAGAUAUGUUUACCCUUCUCUCUCCUACCAAGCUAACUGGGAAAGGGGAAAAGAAGAGCUCUUUCGGUAAGCGGAGGUAUAGGACGCCUAGGGCCGAAUGCACCUUUGAGAACUGGUUGGAUGCGUACCAGGUCUUCAUGGGAGUUAUCUGUGUGGCUUAUCCUAAACGUUCAAUGGACCUGGUUGCUUAUUUGGCUCACGUGAGGCGGGCUCACAUGCUGGCGGGUGAGACUGCGGCAUUAACCUAUGAGAAUUUUUGUAGAAACUCUUUUCUCCUGCCCUCCACCCAGUGGGACCUAAGGGACCCCAAUUACUGGGGCGAGGACGUUAACCCCUAUAUCGAAAAGAAAAACCAGGAAUUGGCCAAGUCGGGUAAGACAGAGGCAAAGCGGUGCCGCCAGUGCUGGGAGUACAACAGGGGUGUGUGUUCGCGACCUUCCUGUAAGUAUCUUCACGAAUGUGAGCGGUGCCUGGGAAACCACCCCGCCUCUGCGUGCUUUAAGAAUAAGCAACAGCCCUUUCGGGGGGGCAGGGGGUACUUCAACAACAAUACCAGGGGUGCCCCCGGAUCCUCUCAUCAAGGACCCAGUAACCGCCAGUAA